AUGAGCGAAUCUAAGCGCGGAAGGAGAUCUAUCAUGGGUCUUCUAGACCUAACAAACAUCAUUGAUUCCUCACCAGAAAGUGCCGACUCGGGUGGAACUCUCAGAAGGUCCUUGAGAUUACGCCGCAAAUCCAUACCUGCAGCGUCCCUUGGUGGACAAACACACCCAUCUAAAAGAUAUAGUCGAAAGUCAGUGAUUAAUCCGCAAACUCAUUGUCCAUGGAGCUCUCCCUUACACAGAAUGCAUACUUCUAACAGUUUAGAGCUACUAUCGUAUGUGACACCAUUCAAAAAGUCAUAA